ACUCGGCUUUGGGGCUCGAGGGGUUUUUCUGGUGGGUGCCUGGGUUUUCCUGUCUAUCUGGAACUGCUUUUUAACCAGUGUCUCUUCUUUCUCUUCUAUCUACUGCCCCACGAUGGAUUUUGGUGUCUCACCUGUGUGGCUGGGCUGGCGGUCUCAUCUCUGGCAUCAUCAUGACAACAGAAAAGAGCCCAGCAGCCGACGCUGACAGCUCAGAGCAGCAGCAAGCCAAGGAGGAGGAAGGAGCUGGUGAAACACAGAAGCAAGAGGCUUCCCUGGAAGAAGGGGCUCAACCAACACCAGAGGGGGAGCCCCAGAGGCAGAAGGCCUCCAACGGAGACACCCCCACACACGAGGAGCAGAGCAAGAAGGAACGCCGCACCUCUGAGGGCCGGGGUCUCUCCCGUCUCUUCUCCUCCUUCCUCAGGAGGCCCAAGUCUCAGGUAUCCGAAGAGGACAAAGACAGUGAUGCUCCUAAAGAGGCGGGAGGUGACCAGAAAGAUGCAGGAUUAGAAGACAUCCUAGUGAAAGCCCCGAUUGCAGCUCCUGAGCCUGAGCUCAAAACAGACCCAUCACUGGAUCUCCAUUCCUUGAGCAGUGCAGAAACACAGCCUGCUCAGGAGGAGAGGAGGGACGACCAGGAGCCAGAGGGAAGAGACCUCGAGGACAGGGAAGAAGGGGAAGCAAAGGAAGAGGGUGCCAAGCCAGAGUCUCUGGAGACUAAAGCAGACAAGGAUUUGAAAGCUGCCCAAAAAGCAGUGAAAAGACACAGAAACAUGUACUGCAAAGUCGUCUUGCUGGAUGACACCAUUUUUGAGUGUUCUGUGGAUAAACAUGCCAAGGGACAGGAUCUUCUUAAAAAAGUCUGUGACCACCUCAAUCUGCUGGAAGAAGACUACUUUGGUUUGGCCAUAUGGGACACACCAACCUCCAGGACAUGGCUGGAUCCUGCCAAAGAAAUAAAAAAGCAGGUUCAUGGAGGCCCCUGGGAUUUUACCUUCAAUGUCAAGUUUUAUCCACCAGAUCCUGCCCAGCUAACAGAGGACAUCACGAGGUAUUACCUGUGUCUGCAGCUCAGACAGGACAUCCUUACAGGGCGGCUGCCCUGCUCCUUUGCCACCUUGGCUUUGCUGGGUUCCUACACGGUCCAGUCAGAGUUGGGAGAUUAUGAUCCUGAUCUCCAUGGCCCGGAUUAUAUCACUGAGUUCAAACUGGCCCCAAACCAGACAAAAGAGCUUGAAGAAAAGGUUGUGGAGCUUCAUAAAACAUAUAGAUCCAUGACUCCAGCCCAAGCAGACCUGGAAUUUCUUGAGAAUGCAAAAAAACUGUCUAUGUAUGGAGUCGACCUUCACCAAGCCAAGGACUUGGAAGGAGUGGAUAUCACUCUGGGAGUCUGUUCCAGUGGCCUUCUUGUUUACAAAGAUAAGCUGAGAAUCAACCGCUUCCCGUGGCCCAAAGUCCUGAAGAUUUCCUACAAACGCAGCAGCUUCUUCAUAAAGAUUCGGCCAGGGGAGCAAGAACAUUAUGAAAGUACAAUUGGGUUCAAGCUACCAAGUUACCGGGCAGCAAAGAAGCUGUGGAAAGUAUGUGUUGAACAUCACACCUUCUUCAGGCUGACUUCCACCGAGGCCAUCCCCAAGAGCAGGUUCCUGGCGCUGGGCUCCAAGUUCCGCUACAGCGGCCGGACGCAGGCUCAGACACGGCAGGCGAGCGCCCUGAUCGACCGCCCUGCGCCCCAGUUCGAGCGCACGGCCAGCAAGAGAGCGUCCAGGAGCCUGGAUGGAGCUAAACGUGCGACUCAAAGGGUUGAGUUCAGAACCCUAGAGGAAGAGAAGCAGAAGGAGGUGGUGGUGGUUGAGGUUCCUGAACCAAAACCUGCGGAUCAGAUCCGAGAGAAGCCAGCCAAGCACGCUCUUGAAACUUCUGAAAUGAAACCCAUUGCAGAGGAGGAAGAGGAGGAGAAGGUAGAGGUGGUUAAGGUUCCUGUUGUCAAGCCAAAGUCAGCUGAGCUGGUGCAGCUGCGGUCAGCCAAACGUGAUCUUGGCAGUACUGAGAUAAGCCCAAUUGAAGAGGAGGAGGAGGAAGAGAAAAUGAUGGUGGUGAGAGAACUAGAGCCAUUGCCGAAGGAGUCAGCAGUGGCUGUGAUAACCCCAGAGCGGAGUCCCCGGCCCACCUCAGCUCCGGCCAUCGCUCAGAGCCACCCUGCAGAGCCAGCCCCAGCUAAGCCUGAUCUCAAGGAUGUGGCCACAUCUAAAGUAGGGAAGGAAACAGCAAAAUGUGAUGUGAGACGUGAAGAAUUUCCUCCAGAGAAACCCAAGGAGCCAGUGGAUGCCUCAAGGGUGAGGAAAACACACAUUGAGGUCACAGUCCCCACCAUGAAUGGUGCUCAGCCCCAGCAGCAGCCUGCAGAAAAAGAGGAAGAGCUGAUAAGAAUGAGGAAGAAGAGAUCAAAGAGGCUAGAUGGUGAAAACAUUUAUAUCAGGCAUAGCAAUUUAAUGUUGGAGGAUCUAGAUAAGACCCAGGAAGAAAUAAAGAAGCACCAUGCCAACAUCAGUGAGUUGAAGAAGAACUUCAUGGAGUCCAUCCCAGAUCCCAGGCCGAGUGAGUGGGACAAACGUUUGUCCACCCACUCCCCUUUCCGAAGCCUCAACGUCAACGGGCAGAUUCCCACGGGAGCAGAUGGAUCUCCCAGCUACUUUCUCCCGAAUUCUCACCACUUAGGGGUGUGCAAAGAACCAGUCCCAAAAUACCACACUGACCAGCGGAGGUUGGCUCAGCUGAGGGAGCUUAGAGCCAAGUUUUUCCUCUCCUAAAUACACUUGGGUUUGGCCAGGGCUGGUAAACUAAAGGGAUGCAGAAUUAUUGAACAGUAACAUUCCCACAAUCCUUCCUUUCUUCAGCAGAAGUGCUGAAGGCCUUGCAUGGUCCCAUGUGCUGAUUUACUCAUUCUGGGUUUUUAUCAUUUUUAGAAUCCAGAAACAAAAAUGCUGAAACACAGAGCAAAAUUCCAGGAGUUUGCACUGCUCCUACUGCCACCCUGCCUGUUCCAUGCGUGGGAUUUCUAAGAUUUACAGUUUUUCACUUGUUCAGUAGAAUUUUCAAACCAAUUGAAAUUUUGAUACUCUGGUCAGAACUUUGGAAAAGCCUUUUGUAUCUGCUCUGCAGUCUGGCUGUUCCAUGGGAUUUUCCAAACGCUGGGUUUUAAGGCCACUGUAGAUUAGGAAGCUGUCAGAGACCGCAUUUUGUACUGCACUGUUCCUCUUUCAAAUUCCUCAAACUUUUUUCUCACCAUUCCAAUUCUAAAACGCUCUGGAAGAUUUUGGGCAUCCACUUUUUGGGAGGCACCAGAUGCCCAUGAUCCUGAUGCAGCUGUUGGUGAGCUCUGCAGAGAGAGCUGUAGCUCCAGGGCUGGUGUGGCCCAGGCCACCAGCAGCUCUGCUCCCCAGGACAGUUUAUUUUAUGUUGAGAAGAGCUGCCCUAACGCUUUGCACAUCUCCAAGUGUCAUUUUGGGCACUUUCCAUCUGUCAUUUUUGUUCAUCUCUCUCUGUCUUUCUUGAUCUUCUACCAUGAAAGCAGACACGGGAACGGCCUCUGUUAGUACAGGAUGAAGACAAACUAAAAAAGCAGGAGAUACCUACUGAGACAGCCUUUCCCCGGCCAGCAAGUGAAGCAACUCUUCCAAAGGUUUCUAUUGCAAUCCCUGAAGAGCAGAAAUCACUCAAAAAGUGUCAGCUGUACUCUAGCAUUUUUCCUUCUCCACGUAUUCCCUUUAUGAUGUCCUUUCUCCUGGUCAUAGCACUGACUGUUUGGUGGCUGCUCUUUCUCUGAGUGGCAACAGGGUAAUGUUGAAACCUCAAGACCAAAGCUCCUGAAUUUCUUGGCUGUAGUCUCUGCUGCAUCUUCCUUGUCCCGGUCUUUGAUCUCCGUAGUUCACUGUCCCAGGGAGGGGCACCCGUGACUGUCUUAAUGUUGAUCCUGCUCUGUGUCCUUGUGUGGCUGCGAUGGGACCUGGCAAGGGUGGUCGUGGAUUGCCAGGUCCAUUCUGAAGUUUCCUAUGGCUCAAAAGCAAAUUCUUUGAACUGUGUUCCCAACUGCUGUGGGAGGGCAGAUGUGGGGAGGAAAUCAUGGGAGAAGAGUCUGGUUUCCCAAGCCCCUGAAGACUUCCCAUAGGAGUUGCUGGAGAAUUACUUUUAAGCUUGUUUGGAAUGCAAGGUAUUCACAAGCUGAAUAAUAUUUGGCACUGAUCUAAAAGGGGCUUUACAGGAGUCUGCUGAAUCAUGGAAUACUGGAAUGGUUUGAGGUUGGAAGGGCCCAUAAAGAUUGUCUCGUUUCACCCCCUGCUAUGGGCAGGGAACCUUCCCCUGGACCAGAUUGUUCCAAGUCCUGUCCAACCUGGCUUUGAACAAUUCCAGGCAUGGCAAGUCCACAGCUUCUGUGGGCAACAAGAGGUUGAGUCUCUAGGAAGAAUAUUGGAAUCUAAUUCAUAACCACUCAAUUUCUAGGAAACUCAGAUUGGCAUUUAAGUAAAAAUGCUGGUUCUCACUGCUGCUCUUGGUAAUAACUUAGGGACAGGGUCAGCUUCUCAUUUCCUAGUGGGAGAAGCCUUUGACAAAGUAUCCCAGCUUCCCUCUCCACCCCUAUUCUCACAUCCAAGAAAAUACAGUGUUAUAGGAGAAAAUCCAUUGCAAGGAGAUAUUUAUUGUAAACAUAGAUUAAUAAUUAAUAAUCUGAUGGUCUUGGUGCACUUGGGAUGUGUUUUAUUUAAUUUGUGUGGAACUAACUGGUGUAUGGUUGCUCCGGUCACAGGGAUGGAGUCAUCUGCUGUUUGAGCAUUCCCCCUGUUGGAAUGUUGGCUUGGCCACAUCAGGACACACUUCUAAUGUUAAAGCCCUCGAUUGCUUUUGACUUCUUUAACCAAACCAUUGCAUGCUGGUCGUUGUUUAUUGCCUACGGUGUAAGUGUCUGGAUGAUGUUCACAUUUAUUCAAGUUAUCCUGGCUGGGCUGUGCAGGCUCCAGCCCAGCUGGACUGAGCAGAGCUGGUUUGUGAGCUGGAGAGAAGGUAUGACUUUGUGUCUAAGGGGUUUCUUUUCUGUAAAUAGUAAUGACAGGGCUGAGCUGAGCCCCCCAUUUCUCCUUUCAGCACUAAUCCAUGUUCUCCUGUGUCCACUGGAGGACUGGACUGGACACAGUCACUCUGAGGGCACCCCCCCAGUGUCACCAGUGGUGGCAGCUCCUCCAGCAGCAUGGAAGAGAAAGGAGCAGGCCUUUAUUACAUGGACUAAAAUGUGUGAAUAUAUAUAAAUACCUGUAUUUAUCACCCUUUCUAGAUCUGUAUCUGUGUGAACAGUGUUAUUUAGGAAGCUAGCAGAUAAGCUUGAAGGAAUAAGGCAAACAUGUCAUGUGCUGUCUGGUCUGAGGGUCUGUGGGGUAUCAUGGACCACUUGAGUCACCUCUUGCUCUUGAUGUACAGGCUGAGGUUCUAAAUGCUGUCUCAGAAACUUAGGUUGCUAGUAAAACUUUGUUUUAAUCCUACAGGAAUCUUUCCAAUUCCUCUUGUAACUUGCUCCAAUUAGUUCACCAGUUUGUGCCUUUAGGACUUAGUUUUGUGAGGAUGCUGAUUUUUCAUUGGAAAAUAUUCUUCCCUUUUUAAUACACUGCCUUUAGUACACAGUCUUCCUCCUUUGGCCCUAGGAAAUUGAGUGUUGUUGUCCAGGUGUAGUCUGGAGUGAAGGAGGGCUGUAUCCCUGAAUCCUUGGAAUGCACUUGGACUCCAGUGGAUUUGGUGUGGAGUUGAGGCAGACAGAGGUGGGUCCUGGAGAGGAGAGAUGGGGGAGGAUGCUGGGGUGCCAUGUGCUGUGCAGAAAAUACAGGAUGGAAGAAGCCAGGGGAUACUUGUGGCUGGCAUUCCCUGCCUGCAUCUCCUUCCCAAACUGGUAACAGUUGUGAUGAAGAGCAGGGUUUGUUUCUUUCCCCAACUUGGCAUGGAGAGGGAAGAAAGAGGAGCUGUUUGGAUCUCUCUGUCCAUUUUCUGUCUGUAUUUCCUGGAGGUUGAACACACAGGUUGAACUUCCUUCCCAAAGGCAUUGCUCGGGAUGCUGUGGUGAGCACUGCUGAAUUUCAUGUAUUUCUGAUCCAUUGAUGAGAACUUGGAAGCCACACUGGUGGCUUUGGCAAAGCCGUGGUUUCUGUAGCUCUGUCAGCCAUUUCCAAAGGACCUGAAGUCUAAAACCUGCCCAGAGCAACCUUAGACUGGAGUGCUCAGGAUGUCUCAUCCCAGCAGGGUAAGAGAUGGGCUUUAUCGCCUCUACUCAAUUCUGUAACUCUUCAAAUUGUCUUUUUCUCUCUUUUUUAAUCUUGAGAUAAGGUUGGUUGUCAUCAGCAAAAAACCUUGGAAACUUUACACUCUUGAGAACACUCAGGAACGUUUUUGGGAUUUAUAUACUGAUUAUCACUGCAGAUAUAAAGAAAUUGAGCAAACGCUUUCUAUUUCUCUGGCAUUUUAGAGGUCAGUUAUCCAUAUUCAUCCAGGUAGAUAUGAUCUCUCCUGACAGAGGAAACCUGUAACUUACCAGGAACAGAAACCUAAUCUAUUGAAUGCCCCAGGGAUGUGCCUGCUGGGCACCAGCCCCUUUCCUAGGCACUUCUCUGCUUUUUUCUGUUUGCUCGUGAUGCAAAGGGAGUGAUAAUCCUUGACAGUCCAUGUAAGGUCUCAUUCCUGCACAUUCUGUAUCCUGUUUGUGCACAUUUUUAAAAGCUUCUAUGACAGCUUGGUGCUGUGGUUUUCCCCCUUUCCUGUGAUGUCAGUACAGGUUUCAGCACCGAGAGGAGGAUUUGGUGAUUCCUGCUGUCAUCUAUGUGCACAGGGAGAGCUGAUUGGGCUGAGAUCUCAGGGGAUCUAAAAAGGAACCAAUGUACUUCGCUCCUGUUUUCCUCAGGAACAAACUUGCUGGGAAUUCCAGCAGCUCCUGGGUGCCUGCCCUGACACCAGCACCCACUGACACAGGGGUUCACAUGCCCUGUUCAGCCUGGCUGGUGUAGUGCCAGGCUGUGAGUGAUGGAGAGCCGAGUUAUCCCUCCUGCAGGGAAGCUGGAAAUGUCUGCAGCAUGUAACCUCAUCCAGGUUGGCAUGAGAAAUCCUGGUUUUUCAGUGUGACCUGCUGCAGAAAGUGGCAUUCUGGUGACUGGCAUGCUGGUGACAUAGGCAGGAUGAGUCUGCCAGCAGUUUUGCCCAGUGUUUUGUGGUAUGGUCACUCAGUUCUUGGAUGCUCAUGUGUAGGAUCCCACUGGGAGUUGUUGAGGGUUCAGUGUUCCCCAUCACAACAUGGACAGUUGGCUCCACACUCACUUCCUGAAUCUCCUUAUCCAGAUUCCAGCUCCUCUGAACACCACCUAAAACACACAGGAGUUUCUUGUGCUUUCUUGCUUUAGGAAAAGGUGAACACAAGUGUUUUCAAGCAGCAGAUGUGCCAGAGCCAGUAGCUUGGAACUGGGGUUCAGCUCUGAGGCUGCACUGGGUGUGAUGAUACUUGAGGUCUUCAUUGCUGUAAAACUACAUCCCUUUUCUUUAUUGGCUGCUAAAAGGGAGCAGAUAAAGGGGGGGGUGUUGGCUGCAUCUCCUCCCACCUCGUGCCUCACUCGGGGAGUGAUGCAAGGUGAGCUGAGGACUCUGCAUAGGCAGCUCAGGGCAGAGUUCAGCCAGGACUGGCUCCCCUCUCUGGUGGUUUGUCUGGUAGCUAGUGCUGACCCUAAAGAGUAGGUAUUCCAUAUCUCCCUCCUAUCCUGAAAUAAUCAGGAGAUGUGGAUUUCCUCAGCACCAAGGGAAGUAAUUCGUGUUUGGAGGAAUGAUGCUUGGCUUCACCAGCUCCUGGGAAGGUUAUCAUAGAAUCAGGAAAUAUCCCGAGUUGGAAGGGACCCACAGGGAUCAUCAAGUCCAGAUCCUAAUGGUUAUGGGCAAAGUCCUUCACAUCAAUGUCAGUAAUUUGUCACUCUGAGAAUUGUUUCACUGGUUUAUUGGGUUUUCUUUUUACCUUGUUGAUGGUGCUUGUUCUGACCUGCAGGAUGAGGCAGGAAGCUUUCUGGAUAAAUCCCGCCCAAAAAGGGGUAAUGGAUUCAUGCAGAAACUCCUUGGUCUGUAUUUAUUAGUGGAUGACACUGGAGAACUUGACAGAGAUGGUUCCUCUUAUAUCUCUGUUUGCAUCUGUUGUUUUGGUUUGUGGGGCUGGAGGUUUGGGCCCCUUUGGGAUCUUUUAGCAAUGGUACUCAGUCCUGUUGGAUCAGUCUGUGGGGACUAGAAACACUUUCUUUUUUACCUAAAAUACUCUCUUUUGGAACACUUUUUUGGUUUUGUAUUUUUUCUCAGAUUUUUCUUUGUAAAUAUGUACAUUUAUCCAUUAAUAAAUGUUAUUGCAAAUCAGA